UCGUUCUCUUCCUACUCGUCUCUCUCUCCUCCCAAGUCUCCCCUUCCCUUCCUCGCCUGCUUUAAAACCCCUUUCAUAUUUAACAUUUCAUCACACCACACUGUUCAGUCACUCCACAAAUCCCCUCCCUCUACCCGCCUGUGGGGAGAAAAAAAAAAAAAAAUGGCGUCAAGGUUUUCAAUUUUCUUCUUCGUCUUCGCUCUCGUUCUGAUCGCCGCUGUUUCGGCGGCUGAAGAGGCCCAGUCCAAGGAGUUCGUCCUCACACUUGACCACACCAAUUUCACUGACGCCGUCACCAAGCACGAUUUCAUCGUCGUCGAGUUCUACGCUCCAUGGUGUGGGCACUGUAAGAAUCUAGCUCCGGAGUAUGAGAAGGCCGCGGCGGCAUUGAGCAGUCAUGAUCCCCCGAUCGUGCUGGCGAAGGUAGAUGCCAACGAGGAGGCUAACAAGGAGCUUGCCACACAGUAUGAGAUUCAGGGUUUUCCAACUCUGAAAAUUUUGAGAAAUGGAGGGAAGUCAAUUCAGGAAUAUAAGGGUCCUCGUGAAGCUGAUGGUAUUAUUGAGUAUUUGAAGAAACAGAGUGGUCCUGCUUCAGCUGAGAUUAAAUCAGCAGAGGAUGCCAGUACUCUUAUUGAUGAAACGAAGAUAUUUAUCGUCGGGGUGUUCCCGAAGUUUUCUGGUCAGGAGUUUGAAAACUACAUGGCUUUGGCAGAGAAGUUGCGGUCAGACUAUGAAUUUGGUCACACCACAAGUGCCAAAUUCCUUCCUCGCGGUGAAUCGUCAGUGACUGGACCGUUGGUUAGGUUGUUCAAGCCAUUUGAUGAACUCUUUGUUGAUUCUAAGGAUUUUGAUUUGGAAGUUCUGGAGAAGUUUGUUGAGGAGUCUAGCAUACCCACAGUGACUGUUUUCAAUAACGACCCAACCUAUCACCCAUAUGUUAUCAAGUACUUUAACAGUCCCGAAACCAAGGCUAUGUUGUUUGUGAACUUCACAAAUGAGGUUGCUGAAUCUUUCAAGUCCACGUACAGAGAAGUUGCUGAGCAAUACAAGGGACAAGGUCUUAUCUUUUUGAUUGGAGAUGUCGAUUCCAGCCAAGGUGCCUUCCAGUUCUUUGGACUUAAAGAAGAACAAGCGCCUCUUCUUCUUGUACAAACGAACGACGGACAGAAGUACCUGAAGCCGACUUUGGGUGCUGAUGAUAUUGCUCCUUGGCUCAAGGAGUACAAGGAAGGCAAAGUCUCACCAUAUAGGAAAUCCGAGCCGAUUCCAGAAACUAACAACGAGCCUGUGAAAGUAGUAGUUGCUGAUACUCUACAGGAGCUUGUUUUCAACUCUGGGAAAAAUGGUAAGUCAUAAAUCGGUAGAGAACUGUAGCUUUUCCCCUUCCCUGUUUUAUGACUUCUGAAUAUUCUGGGAUGUCAUAUUCUUCACAGUUCUGCUGGAGUUCUACGCACCAUGGUGCGGACACUGCAAGAAGCUGGCUCCAAUUCUGGAUGAAGUUGCUCUUUCCUUUGAGAAGGAUCCUAGUGUGCUCAUUGCAAAACUUGAUGCAACUGCAAACGACCUCCCAAGUGAUACAUUUGAUGUGCAAGGAUACCCUACUGUGUUCUUCCGAUCAGCAAGCGGGAACUUGGUCCAGUACGAAGGAGAUAGAACUAAGGAAGACAUCAUCGAGUUCAUCGAAAAGAACAAGGAUAAGCCAGCAGUUGCCCAACAACAACAGCAGGAAGAAUUAUCUAAGGAGGAACCAGCAAAAGAUGAGCUCUAAACUAGCUUUUCUCUUGGGGGUUCUUUGUUCAUUUCUUCUCUGUAUCAGUUUUGGGCAAGCAAAAAACAUAUCAUAGUCGGUAGUUUACCCUUCUUACUUUGCUGUCUUAAUAAUAAAAAAAAUGUUAGCUAGCCUAGCCUCAAUAGGUUUGUAGAAACAGAAAAUGUGGCCUAACGUGAGCUCUCUGCUCUUUCCCUCACUUCCUGAUCAGUUUUGUUUCCCGUGUGGCCAUUUCCUAUGCCUAAUAGUAAUUGGUGAUAAAUCUGCCAGCUUACACAUAGGUCCAAGCAUUGGAACUUUUUCUCGGAAUAUUAGUCACCGCUUGC